UCCAGCCUAUAAAAGUAGUCAACCAAGGCAACGAGCUCCUCAAGAAAGUGUUUGUACACAUGUCGAAAGAACUUCGAAAAAAAGCAGCAAGACAUCAAAGACUUGCAAGAACACCAGCCUCAAGUCGAGGAGGCUCCGAAGACGAAGGCGAUUGGUCUGACACUUCAGCUUCUACCAUUGACUCUUUUGGCUCUGUCGGAGAUCGAGACGACUUAGGCUCCUCCAAUUGGGAAGACGAUCUCAAACAAUCACUUGAAGAUUUGACAGAGAAGCGAGCUAGUACUCGCACCGACGCAUUAGCAAAGCUGAAUCAAAUUAUGGCCCGACACUUUGUCGCCGCUGCUCUGCAGUCACGGCAACAGGAAUUGCUCGAAUUGCUGAAGCGUUCUUUGAAGAAAGGAGGCAAUGGCGAGGAGUCCUUACAGGCUAUCAGAGGCAUAUCUCUAGCGUUUAUAAAUCACGGUGAAAUAUCGGCUGCGGAACAAGAAAGUUUAUAUCAAGAGAUUAUGCCGUCACUACGAGUCUGUGCUCUGCAUGAUGAAAACGGAAAAGUGAAGGAGCAUUGUUUACAAACCAUGGCUAUGAUCACGUUUAUAGCGGCAUCCAGUGCAGACACACUUCGAAUAAUGGAAUUUUUCUUCCAGUUAUUAGAAACCGAUGGUGCGGACUUGAAUUUGGAAGAUAUACCUGCAGAAGACGUUGGAAAUAUUAUGGCUACGAUAUUACGCGGGUAUGGACUUCUGUUUGCCUCAACUUAUGGCGAAGGAAGCGGUAAUCUUGAGGAUGCUUGGGAGGAACUAGAAAAAGUUGUCCCUGUCUUUACAAUGUUUCUUGAAUCGGGUACAAAGGAAACGAGAGUGGCUGCAGGCGAAAAUAUCGCACUUAUAUUUGAAAGCAUCAAUACGCAUCAUAAUUUGGAUGAUGAACGUGAUCCCGAAGAAGCUUUACCUGAGUAUGAUGAUAUGAAUGAAUUAGUCAGAGCAUUACAGCUACUCGCAACCGACAGCAAUCGACAUCGUGGAAAGCAAGAAAGGAAAGAACAGCGAUCGGCGUUCAGAGACAUCAUUCGAACAGUGGAAGAAGGAGAACGACCAGCUGAGCGGCUCAAGUUUGGUGGAAAGCUCGUCACCUUCCGAGGAUGGACAAAAAUCGUCGAAUUGAACGCCUUCCGCGAAAUCAUCAAGCAAGGCUUGCAUCAUCACUUUGCUGAGAACGACCUUUUGCAAUCCAUAUUCAGAUAUGUUCCAGUUAGUGACCACCGGUCACCUACAGGUGUUCUCUCUGGAAGUGGCUCACCGUACUAUGGAUCAGACGAUGAUGAUGCAGAGCUUGAUACUGGCAGAAGCAGCCCUGCGCUAAUGGAUAAAGCUGACAGAAAGUACCUCAAUGCGGAAAUGUCAAAGAUACGAUCGAAGAAGAUGAAGAAUGCAAGAAGUGGAAAAGUACGGUUUUGAGGAAAUUGUACAUGAACCGAGCCGAACAAAUUCAUAUACAGCAUCGUUUAAUAUCUUGCACAUCAAGCAUAUAAUAAAAACCAAACCAAACUAAAGAAGAUCAUAGUCAAUCACUAGAAAGGGAAUUGGAUGAAUGAUUAAGCAAUGUAUCUUAUUGGUGAUGUGCGGUUGUUUCUGGCAAUUUCUUCGCUGCUUUCGAUGAAACAACGUUCGAACGGCAUCCUGAGUUUAAAAUUAAUAAGCGGGAGAUCACAUGAUACCUACCUGGGCCGACUGCAAUUUCGUUUAAAAAUACGAGGACUUGGUGAAAACUGUGAUCUGUAAUAAAUCAAAUCGUUCCUAC